GUCGGCAUCUGUGAUCGUCCCAACAUCUCAAGACAAGCAAACAUUAUCUCUUUCCUUGCCUUGCUCAUUGAAAGGCACUGGCCGACGGACAUCUCAUCCUGCCAUGGAGUAGUUCCUCUCGGUGGAGCCUUGUCAUCCUUGUUUCGUUCACGUGCACAUUGCCGCCAUCAAGACAAAACACCAGGCUGCAUCUGUCGAUCUUCCCACAAUCCAUACUCACAGCCUUGCACCUCUGGCCAGAAGAUGGAUUCGGAACGCUCAGAAAGCAGCGCAGACAACCUUCCGGUGGAGCAGUCGCCAUCUAAUACUCGAAAUCCUGAUGAAUCGAAUGCCGACACGCGACCUCCCACACUUUCUCGCACCUCCACAUUCGGCAAGAAAUGCUGGAUAUGCAUGAGCGACGCCUCCGAAGACGACCCUAAUAACCCUCCUAUAUGGCGUUCGCCGUGCAAAUGCAGUCUAACCGCACACGAGUCUUGCCUGCUGGACUGGGUGGCUGACCUAGAACAUCCUAAGAACAACAGCAAGCGAAAGAAGCCUCAGAUUCAGUGUCCGCAAUGCAAGAGUGAAAUCAGGAUCUCAAGACCAAAGAGCUAUGUUGUGGAUGGUUAUCGGACAGUAGAUCGCGCUCUGGGGAGAAUGGUCUUGCCCGGUCUAGGAGUCGCCGCUCUGGGUACUUUCUACGCGGGCGCAUGGAUUCAUGGGUUUCAAUCAGUCUAUGUGGUGUUCGGCCCGGAAGAUGCUGCUCAAAUCUUCGACCGCGCAUCUAGGAAGCCCGGCUGGCUUUUCGCAUAUGCCCUCAUCCCUAUCAACCUCAUAUUCGCCCGAACUCAUUACGCUGAAUUCAUUCUACCUGGGGGCACGUUGUUUCUUCUUUCUACGCAGCUCAGCGACAAGUUCGAACUCGACAUGACAAUAUGGCCGCCUCGACCAAGUACUGUCUUCGCAUGCCUACCCGCCGUGAAGACAAUGUACAAUUGGUGCUAUCACAAAGCUUUCUGUGAUCUGAAUAAGAAGUGGCUGGAGGAGGUACGGCCUAGGCAUGGGCAGCCAGCAGAGGAAGCGCAAGAAGAUGGAGCAGACGCAGCGCAGGCACAAGCGAUACCCGGUGCUGGCGACGAAGGUCCCCUGCAAGACAUGGAAGAAGGGGAGCUAGAACCAGGAGUCGUUCUCGAAGUUCAACUCGGACAAGAUAUCGACGAUCAACCAGAAGGCCAUGUUCAUCAAAUCCUAGGAGAGCGCGGAGACCAAUGGAUUGAUGGCACAUCCUCAAUCAUGCAAACAAUUAUUGGAGCAUUGGCAUUUCCAGCCGUGGCAGCAGGCAUGGGUCAGUUGCUGAGUUAUGCGCUACCCUCCUCAUGGCUUAGCAAUGCCAACUACAUGAAUGGCCGGCCAGGGCUACUGCGAUCCAAAUGGGGUAGAAGCGUCGUGGGAGGUUGCCUGUUCGUUGUGCUUAAAGACGCUUUGAUUCUGUACUGCAGAUGGAAGUUGGCACAGACCCACCGCUUGAGAAGGAUCAUGAACUACGACAAGAAGACACAGAAAUAUUCCGUCUGAUGAAUUGAAACCGAACAACGACUAGCCAGACUUGGACGGAAAGAAGACUCCGACGAGCUUAAUCCUCAUGAUAAAGCAGAAGACAAAUGCCUUCCCCUCAGUGAUAGAUACCCAGCAAUGACGACCUGCCGCAAGCGCUUUGUGUCUCGCUUCUUCAAUACGUCGUUUCUGCCCGAGGUUGAUGCUGAACAUCAAUCGCGCACAAAUUCCACCAGGCAUGAGGGCUAGCCAGGCCACACCUCGCCUGAAAUUCCUGUAUAAUCCACGUACCGUCUGGAGAGCCUCUGGAAGACGUCUGGAAUUAGUAGACAAAUAUUGCCGGGGCGGCCGGAGCCAUCUUCAGGAGCUGUGGUCUGAGCGUAGACAACGGUGGGACGAUACCCUUAUUUUCGUUAACA